UGUUUAUAUGUAGGAACGGGGUACCAGUCUACAUAGUGCUGAAGCCUGCUGUUUCAGUGUUUGUUGUUGAUUCCACAGAUAUGCGCUUUCUAUAUUAUUUCUAGAUUUGAUUUAGUGACACAUAAAGAUAUCAUUUCUGUACAAUAAUGCACAACUCGGCCUAAUCUAAAGAUGGAAACUACUGAUAAUAAUACACUGAAUCUGAAUAGGUUUGAUUCUAAAGCCAGUAAAGGUUCAAAAGAAAAACACGGACUUGAAGCGUUUGUUGUGGAAAACCAUAAUGAGGCUUUAUAUCACAUUUAUCGAGCAAUUGGCAAGAGGUUGCUCCCAAUGAAGGGCAACACCAUCAUCCAUCUUGAUUCUCACCCUGACCUAAUGAUACCAAACGACCUGCCAGCUGAUGAUGUCUAUCAUAAGGACAAGGUUUACGAUACUGUAGGUAUAGCAGAUUGGAUAAUGCCAGCCGUAUAUGCUGGUCACAUCUCCACAAUUGUUUGGCUAAAACCACCCUGGGCGACACAGUUCCCAAAUGGCACUUCAAAGUUCUACAUUGGGAAACACAUCACGAACCAUUGCAUCCGAGUGAGCCAUCCAGACAUCUACUAUAUCAGCGAUCUGCUCUAUGCCCCAGAGCACGAGCUGACCAAUAAGAAACUUGUAACAUUUCACGUCAUCACGUUGGAUCCGUGGAUGACUGACACCAGUGUAAAUGAACCCGACCUAGUGAAAAAACCUCUCAGUGGGGUUUGUCAUAUUGAAGCCACACCUGCAGACGUUGCAGACACUGACCCAACAGCUGUGUUGGUCUCGCCCAUCAGAAAUGCCAGCGAAAAGGAACGUAUUGCUGUAAAACAUGAAGAACCUGCAAGAAAGCGACCGAGAUUUGACACAGUCGGAUGUGAAGGACGCCCAGAAUGUAUUCAGACAGUUUUGCACAAGGGACUCGGCAUUGUAGAGACGACAGCAGUGAGUGAAAACAGCGUGAGUGACGACGGGCAAAACUAUCUUGUAACCUCGGACAUCAUGCCUGCCAGAAGGGAGAGCAAUCUGUUUCAGGACACCCGCGCGCAAGCGUGCAGUAAUACGUCACUGGAGUCCAUUUCACAAAGAUUACGUGAUAUUAUCAGAGAGUCUGAAGCUGUUAUCCUCGACAUUGACCUAGACUUUUUCUCGACGACAAAUCCCUUUAAAGACCUGUUUAGUAGUGAUCAGUAUAGUGCCAUCAAAGAACUGUACAGAUUUGAGUACAGCUGCAAGUCUGAAAAGGCAAUAAGUGCCUGCAUGCAGUACCGCAAAGAGCAACUACUCACACUGAAGACAGCAUUAAAUUCAGCAGUGCAGGGAAAGCCGGUACUACCCAAUGUUCUCAGCCAGAAGAUGGCAGCACUAGUUAACAGCGUGAAGCAGACAUGCAAAGAUGACCUUUCUACAGACUUUGAUUUUGACCUGAUCCACGAGGCAGGCUUGACCUGCGAUGAUACAGACGACCUCCCCCACCACGUGAGCACACAAGAUGAGGUGACAGAUCUAAUGAAAGAUGUCCGUAUUCUUCUUGAGGACCUUCCCAGGCCAUCUAUAAUUACCAUUGCCAGGUCUAGCUGGGAUGAUUACUGCCCCAAGGUGCAGGUUGAACCUAUACAGGAAAGUGUUCUCAGACUACUCGCAACAUUGUAUGGAGACACUCUUCGCACGACCAUGGAUUAUGAAUCUGAGGUGCCUACUACAUUGUCAUGAUGGUGGUGGUUCUUAAGGUUCUACUGAUUCGAGUAGUUUUUAUUAGUGGUGCUUGCUAUUUGUAAAUGAAUAUAUAAGAUGAAAAGGAAGAAAUAUUAUUAAUUCACUAGUACAUAAUGCCACA